UGCGUACCGUUGGAUUCGGCGCGACCCAUGCAGGCCAUGAUCUGGCAGCUAAGUACAGUAAGUACCUACUGUAGGGACCUUACUUCUUGACUUGUGCAACGCCACAAAAAUAUAAACCACGGAGGGGAUCAAGCAACACACUUGACUAGUAAACAUCCCCUCCGCAAGACGCACGGCCAACGAGUCUCGCAUUGCCGGACGAUAUGAGCCGACAUUGCACAAGACGGCGCAAAUGUCAGCCCUUUCCAAUGGCCACGCCACAGCAUCCAGCUCCUCGGGCAAGCUCCCGCCGGCAACGGUUGGUGGUGAUGCAACAGCAGCAGCAGAUGCUGGCCUAGGCCCCAAGAAAGAAUCGAACAACACCAAAGGCAGCGCCAGCUCCAUGUUGGCAGAAAUGCUUAGACCCAUCCAAGAAGCAAGCAGCGUCGCUGACAUACGCACGGAGCUCGAAUCCCUCCAUGCCCGCGAGCAGGCCCUCACCAGCCGCCUCGACGGACUCAUUUCCUCCCACUCAGACCUCAGCCGCGACCUGCUCCGGCUCGACAACCUGCGCGCCACCUUGGGGGCGCAGGUGAUAGCCUCACGCACAAUAUCCAACACGAUGCUCUCCGGGGCCGCCGACACGGCCGAGCGCCUGUCGAGCCGCGUGCGCACGCUCGACCUCGAGAAGGACCGGGUCCAGGCCACGCUCAACGUCGUCGAGCAGGUCGCUGAGCUCAAGGCCUGCGUGGCAGGCGUCGUUGGUAGCAUGGGCGCCCCGCAGGACUGGGAGGCCGCCGCCGGCUAUCUGGCCCGCGCCGCGGCGGUGCCCGACGAGAUCCUGCACUGCGGGUUCGCGCGCGCCGUCGUGCCCACUGUCGAGACGCCCGACAGCCCCGCGGCCACGCUGGAAUCGGCGAGAGAGAGUCUGUGCAACCUCUUCCUGCGCGAGUUCGACAAGGCCGCGUCCGAGGGCGAUGAGGCCAAGGUCACGCGCUUCUUCAAGCUCUUCCCGCUCAUCGGCAGGGGCGACGUCGGCCUCGACAUCUACGGCCGCUUCGUGUGCCAGGGCGUGGCCGGCAUGGCGAGGCAGACCCUCCGCGACGGGCCGGGCGUCACGGCCGCCGGCGGGCAGCAGCAAAACACAUUUUUCUUCGCGGCUGCCCUCACCAAGCUAUUCGAGCACGUCGCGCGCAUCAUCGAGGGGCAUGGAGGUUUGGUGGAGAGGCACUACGGUGCCGGUAAGAUGGUCAGGGUCAUCGAGCGAUUGCAGGUCGAGGUCGAUGUCCAGGGAGGCAUAGUUCUCGACUCGUGGAGCGACGACCGGACGGUGGACAGGAGGCUCAAGGACGUCAAGAGUUAUCCCUUCUCAUUUCUGGUGCAGAGCUUCCUGUCCCAACAGAGGGGCGGCUUCGGGGGGACACCCCGUGUCAACUCGCCCGCCGGCGGUGUGGGGACCAAUGACCCUCGUCAAAGCGAGGAUGAAGGCGUCAACAUGAAGGAGGUGGAUGGGCUACUUGCUGAGAUUGCCGUCAUGCUGGGCAAGUGGUCGUUUUAUAUGCGGUUCCUUGCGGUCAAGUGCAGAGACAACUCGACGCCUGAAGAUACACCUUUGGUUACUCCUCCUGUCAUUCGAAACUCCAACCUCUACCGUAAAGUCAACGGUAAACUCAUCACACCUUAUAAUGUCAUGUCGACUUUUUACUUUAGAAGAUCUGUCGAGAAAGCAUUCCAGCUCGACGAGUCUCCAACUGGACUGUCCCUUACUAUGGGAAAGCCGAUGGACGGCAAUCCCCCCUACAUAAUCUCCGCCGUCGAUGAUGUCAUGUACAUCGUCAGCUCGGUCCUCCAGCGGACCUUGUCCACCUCCCAGAUUGAAGUCAUCACCUCUGUUGUCCCUACCAUUGGCAGGGUAUUGGGCUCCGACUUUGUGGGCAUGAUCCAGCGCAGAAUGCGGGACGAGACCUAUCCCGUGCCAGCCGUCAAGGGUGGUUUCCCUCCCGAGGACAAGAUCAUCGCGUUUACGGUACUCUGCAACAGCCUUGACAUGGCCAAGGAGUAUCUUUCUCGUAUUAUCAGCAGCCGUCUGGGACCCUCGGAUGCUCCCGAGUCACUCAACGGUUCUGCCGCGCCUCGACCCCCAGCCGGCGGACUUAAGGACCUUUUCCCUCUCGAGCGUGACGCCUCGGUCGUCACUCGUGAACUCCAAUCCCUCGAGGCCGCAUUUACCUCCAAGGCAGGCGACCUCCUCAAAGAAGGCAUCGAGGUCCUCUUUGGACAAGUGGUCCGUCCCCGGCUCCGAGUGGCUCUUUCUGAGACGUUCCGCGAUGCCGACUACGGCCUCACGGAGGAGGACCUCGCCGAGGCGGCGGCGCGCAACGACGAGGACGAGGCGGACUUGGUGGAGCGGCUCGAGGCCGUUGGGCGCGUCUUUGAGCACCGCUGGGAUGCGCUUAUGCAGCCGCUCGCCCGCCUCCAGACGCCGCGCAUCUACGCCUCGCUGCUCGAGCUGGCGGCUCGUCACCUGUCAAAGGUCCUCGAGAGGCGCGCCUGGGCCGCCGCCGGCAAGGUCAGCGGCUACGGUAUCGUGCGCAUGGAGCGCGACUUCUCGGCCAUGAUAAGUGCCGUCGCUAGGGGUAACUACGCCCUGCGCGAGGAGUUUGCUCGCGUGUCACAGGUCCUCAUGGUCGCCAACAUGGAGGACGACGAGUGGGAUGAGCUGGUCGCCGAGGAGAGUGCCGGAGAAGGCGGUGGGAUGCAGUGGGUGUUGAGCGACGAGGAGAGGCGCAAGGCGAGGACCAUUGUCGGCUCGUUGUGAUAGGGCGGGGUCAAACUAACCAAAAAAAGAAAUAAUAGCAAAAGAUCACUCUGUGUGCGGGUUAUCUAGAGACAUAUCGCCAACAAGUUGAUCAUGGGAUAUUGCAAGUUUAAGCAUAUAGAACUGAUGAGAUUUACGAUCACCCACUGAGCAUGUCUUUUUCAGUCUGUGAAUCGGGUAAGAAGUAGACCUUUAAUCAAUAUUCUAGAUAGCCCACGGCCUAGGACCUCUCGUGAUUGUGACGAUCUCGAACUCAUGGCAUA